GGGGGGGGGUUGUUAAGAAAGGCAUCUCUGUUUGUAGACCUUCAUAUCACUGGAAAACUGAACCGCGCCUGACAAUAUUUACUGUCUGACUGCCCACUGAUCAAAUCCUGACAAUAUGUCCUACAUGUGACGUGAUUUACAUAAACCCCCUAACAUCUUGAAGAAGAAGCUGGAAGGAGGUUUUACUGCUCAAUGGAGGACUGCACAACUUUUGUGACCACAAAGCAGCAUUUGCUGCUCAUCAUGCAGAGACAGGUGGCUGGAUUCUGGAACUAUUCAAGGACGUAUGAACAUGACUAUCCACUAUUUUAAUCAAAUGCAGCGCACCUCAGAGCAGUGCAUGAAGAAACAAAGGAAAAGCGAGAACAGCGCCAUCCACCUCUCCUCUCCAGUGGUGGAGGGCGAAAGGAAGAUGGAUGGAAGCAGUUUGACAGUUUAUGGUGACGGCCAGAAGGUGAAGGUGGUGUACGAGGUAUACCCUGGUGAUGUCCGCAUCAUGGAGAAUGAUGCCCACUCCCAAAGACUGUUCCAGGUCACCAGCAGAGAUGGUGGAGGAAAGGUGCCCUCUCCAUCGGACGUAGUCACCAACGGCAGGGGACAGAACGACCUACAGGAUCAGAAUGCUCCAAAGGUCUGUAACGUAAUGGUGAUUUGUGAUGCCUCCAGCAGCCAGCCCUGCUCUGGGCCUGAGGACAACUCAACAGACACACACGAGACUCUAACAGAGACUUCAACUAUGACCUUUGUGGAUGCACACACCAUUGAUGAGUCGGGGGAGACACACAGCCUACUCUGUGUAAUGGAGGUACACAUUAAUAAGGAGUUUGUCCUCAUUGAUGAUGAUGAUGACGGUGACAUGUCCCUAAGAGAGAAGACUGUCACUAACAUGUCCAUCAUGGAUGGUAAUGCUGCAGACCUGGUCUGUGGCAGACGGCUGUCCAUCUCUACUGACACUUACUCUGAGUGUAAAGAGGAGAGUGUGGCCCCGGAACCCACUGCACAAGCAGACACACACACUAAAAAGCAGCCCUGUUGCUUCUGUUCCAUUCUAUGAUCAUUCUAUCUGUUCCUUUUUAUGACCAUUUCAUCCAUUCACACUGUAUCAGAGGCAGAGCACAUACUGUAGUAAUUUUUAGUUUUUGUAAUUUUGUAUACAUUUUCUAUCAAUCAACCCCUAUUGUCUUCAAAAGCUGCCCACUACUCUGCACAAAAUGAGUGUGGUGAUGUUAAAAUCAUGGUUAUUUGUCAUGUCAUGUCACUGCACAAUAUUUGCAUCGAUUUUGCAUUCUUAUUUAUAGUGUUGGGUAAUACGAAAUAAAGGUGCAUAGUGAAAUCAUCAGCAUUUCUCUUAGCUACUCAGGACCACUUUGAAUGCUUCUUGAAUCAAACACUGUGAUCUGAAUAAUAGGUUCUUUACAGAAAGCCUUUGAGUGAUCAUGUGUUGAUUUCCAUUUAUGUUCUGCUUGCUCUUCUUCACUUUAGAUACACUUUUAAUACUUGUACUUUAUGUACUAAUAUGUGUCCUUUGUUUACUGUACAUUCAAUAAACUUCAAUUUUUUUGCAUUCCUAAAUAUUGUAGUCAAAUGUCUUGAGAAAAGUCAUCUGAAGUAGAGGCCCUUGCCUGCUCUAUACAUUCUAUGCCUAUUUAGUUACAAUGUUGUGUUACCAUACAUUGCAUCUUCCUCUGUACAGUAUAUGUGGAGAGACCCUAGUGGAGUGUUUGUUUGCUGGUUUUAGGGACAGGCUGGUGCUUAAUCAGGCCUCUCCAGCAGGCACAGUGUGACAUGGGUUCAAUGGGAGAGUGAUAGAGGGAGACCCCCUCUGAGUCCUGGUGGGCUGGGUGAUGAUAGCAGCAUGGUGGACUUACAGUAUCUCCCCCUCCUACACUACUGUAUACUAGACUAACUCGCUCCCCAAAAACCAACUGGAAACACAGCUCAAUGGUGAAUGGGUGUUCUCACUGUGUUGACCCUAUUGUUGCGAUGGUGAGCCAGUUUUACUCCAUUUCACACCUUGUUUUUUUAGCAUCAGGGGACAGGGUUUUCCUUAAAUACAUGUGACAAAGCAUCUAGUGUGGGUUGAAGUUAUGAUGGGUCUCACAAACACUGUGGAUAAAGUGGAUUCAGGAAAAGGUAGGCUGUAUAAACAAGUAGGCCUGCCUACAAUUUGAAGAUUAAUUUACUUAAAUUCAUUGUAUA